AUGGAGUGCCAAAAAACGACUGUGCACUCUACUUAUCCUGUGUUCUAUGAUGUGGAACCCUCUGAAGUUCGAAAACAAAGUGGGGCAUAUGGAGAAGCCUUAGCCAUACAUAAAGUGCAACAGGAUGCUCUGAAAUGGAGAGAGGCUCUAGAAGCAGCAGCUAGUUUAGCUGGGUGGGAGUUGAAGAACACUGCAAAUGGUCUUUGCAAAAACAGGUCAUUUCAGACGUAUUAA